CGAAGAACGUAUUUUCCAGGGAAAACUUUGUAACUAGAUCUAUAGUUACAACUGAAUUUACACGUUCUUUACUCAAAUUUAUUUGAACCUCAGCACUAUGUCUCCUAUUUGGAUCCUCGUCCUCCUACCAGCCCUAGCAAUGGCCGACAGCUUUAGUGAUGCCGACAAAAACAACGAUACCUUCCUAUCAGAGGAAGAAAUUUUUAACUACGCCAAGAGAUGGGAUGGGAAUAACGACGGCAUCCUCUCUCAGUUAGAUUUCUAUAACAUGAUGAAGGUCGUGCAGCCCUCAUUUGCCAAAUUCCACGCGGCCAUGUUUAAAGCCUUAGACGUCAACGGCGACUUAAAGCUCACCAAUGUUGACAGCGCUGCUGCGUUCAAAAAGAUCGACGUCAACAAGAACGGCAAAGCGGAGAAGUCCGAGUUCACUAAAUGGGGUUCAUUUCUAUCACUCGACGCGUUUGCCGUAAGAAUUGUCAAUUGAAGAUUAUGUAAUUGUUUUCUUUGAUGUAAGAAUAAAAUUACAUAUUUU